GGAUUCAAACGGUACGAGGGCACAUUCAUUUCUCCGCAAGUCGCGAAUGCAACAACAUCCGAGUGUGUGUGAAUACGCUGUAUCUGCAUUUUGCAUUUUUAAAUCUUAAUAUUCGUACGAGAAUUCGCAUAGCAAUAUUCAAGAAUCGAUGGCCAAAGAGUCGUUCGUGUUCUCGAUCAUAGAGGACGAGAAGGGAAAGAAAUUGGACGAGAUGUUUGGGGUAAAACCGAGUUUCUUAAGAACACUACCCAGUAAUUGUUUGUUGCCACCAAAAAUCAUUUUUUACGCGCAAAAGAUACGCGACUUAACCGUAUAUGAGGAUGAUGUUUGGAUGGUCUCGUAUCCUCGUUCUGGUAGUCACUGGGCGCAAGAAAUGGCGUGGUGCAUCGGGAAUAAUUUUGAUUACGAAAAUGCUCGCACGCUUUUCAUCGUGCGAAGUCCCUUACUCGAAGGUUCGGUUGUCAUGGUCAACGGAAAUUACGAUGAAUGGUUUACGAAACUAGGUGAUUCCAUCGAAAAUAUAACAAAGAUGCCAAGACCGCGAUAUAUCAAGUCUCAUUUGCCAUGGGACUUAUUGCCGAGACAGCUUCAUGAAAAGAGACCAAAGAUAAUAUAUGUUGCAAGAAAUCCAAAAGAUACCUGUGUCAGUUUUUAUCAUUACUGCAGAGUAUUCCAUGGUAUGAAAGGAAGCUUCGACGACUUUGCGGAGUUGAUGCUGCAUGAUAGUGCCCCACUCAGCCCGUUUUGGAACCAUAUUUUACCUUUUUGGAAGAUGAGAGAUCAGGAUAAUAUAUUAUUUAUGACAUACGAGGAAAUGAAAACGGAUCAGAUAACGAUGAUUAAGAAGACAGCGAAAUUUUUAAACAAGAAUGUGACAGACGAGCAGAUCGUCGGAUUGUGUGAACACUUAAAAUUUUCAAAAAUGGCGACGAAUCCGUCAGUGAACUUGGAACUACUGCUAGGAAACAGAGAAGCGCAAGAAGAUGAUCCAGAUCACAAAUUUAUCAGAAAAGGCAAAGUCGGCGACUGGAUGAAUUAUAUGUCAGAGGAUCUUGUUCGACGAUUCGACGAAUGGAUGGAGAAGUAUUUGUGUGGAACCGGCCUCAAAUUUCAUACAAAUAUUGCUUCCGAUGAAUAAAAAGGUGCAAUAUGUCGAAUACGGUAAACUCGAUAUAUUAAAUAAUAGGGGUGUUAAAAAAAGUCCACAUAUUUUCAGAGAUAGUAUGUAUAUAUUGUUCAAAAUAAGAAAAAAAGUCUAAUUACAUGGUUUCUACGAUUAAUAUCUACAAUUAAUAUCUUCAAAGAUAUAAGCUAUCUUUCUAUAAGAUCCUUUUUUAUUGGUUGUGUUACCUCUACAAUGCAAACAAAAAAGUUACUAGUAGUCAGCAUUAUAAGGGGUGCUUUAUGUGAUUCCCAUUCAUUGUCACGCAUUUUUCAGCCCUACGUCUCAGAAAAUCAUACAUUCUUUCAAACACACCUGACUAUUCUCGGAUUUACAACCUACUUACAAAUUUAAUGUUACUACAGCAAAACUAAUAAAUACUCUUUUAUUUAUUAGUUUUAUUUACUGCAUUGUAGAGGUGACACAACCAAUAAGAAAAGGACAAAAAGCUUAAAUAGAAAGAUAGCUUGUAUUUUCGAAAAUAUUAAUUGUAAGACCCAUAUGUAAAUUAGAUUUUUUUUCUUAUUUUGAUGAAUACUAUUUAUUCUCAAA